UACGGCCCGGCGGCGAUGGCGGAGGGAGAGCGGGCGGAGAACGGCGGCGGCGGCGGGGGCGGAGGGGGCGCCGGGCGGCCGCCGCAGGAAGGGGAGCCGGGGGCGCUGGAGCGAGCCGAAGUCCUCAAGACGCAGGCGAACGAUUACUUCAAAGUGAAGGACUAUGAGAAUGCAGUCAAGUAUUACACCCAGGCCAUUGAACUGAACCCCACCAAUGCCAUCUACUAUGCCAACCGCAGCCUGGCCUACCUGCGGACGGAAUGCUAUGGCUACGCCCUGGCAGAUGCCACCAGGUCCAUCGACUUGGACAAAAAGUACAUCAAAGGCUAUUACCGCCGGGCGACCAGCAACAUGGCCUUGGGGAAGUUCAAGGCGGCCUUGCGGGACUACGAGACGGUCGUAAAGGUGAAGCCAAACGAUAAGGAUGCCAAGAUGAAGUACCAGGAGUGCAACAAGAUUGUGAAGCAGAAAGCAUUCGAGCGGGCCAUUGCCAGUGACGAGCACAAGCGGUCUGUGGUCGACUCCCUGGACAUAGAGAAUAUGACUAUCGAGGAUGAGUACAGUGGCCCCAAACUGGAGAAUGGGAAAGUGACCCUGGAGUUCAUGAAGGACCUGAUGCAGUGGUACAAGGAGCAGAAGAAGCUCCACAGGAAAUGUGCAUAUCAGAUCUUGGUGCAAGUGAAGGAGGUGCUGUCGAAACUGCCCACCCUCGUAGAAACCACGUUAAAAGAGACAGAGAAAAUUACUGUCUGUGGAGACACCCACGGGCAGUACUAUGACCUUCUGAAUAUAUUUGAGUUGAACGGGCUGCCCUCGGAAAAUAAUCCAUACCUAUUCAAUGGGGAUUUUGUUGACCGUGGUUCCUUCUCCGUGGAGGUGAUACUAACACUCUUUGGUUUCAAGCUGCUAUAUCCCGAUCAUUUCCACUUACUCCGAGGGAACCACGAAACGGACAACAUGAAUCAGAUCUACGGCUUCGAAGGCGAGGUCAAAGCCAAGUACACAGCUCAGAUGUUUGAGCUCUUCAGCGAAGUCUUUGAAUGGCUGCCCUUGGUGCAGUGCAUCAACGGCAAAGUUCUGAUAAUGCACGGUGGACUUUUCAGUGAAGACGGCGUCACGUUAGACGAUAUCAGGAAGAUUGAGAGGAAUCGCCAGCCUCCAGACUCAGGUCCCAUGUGUGACUUGCUCUGGUCGGACCCCCAACCCCAGAAUGGCCGGUCAGUCAGCAAGCGGGGCGUGAGCUGCCAGUUUGGGCCCGACGUCACCAAGAGUUUCCUGGAGCGCAACCAUUUAGACUACAUCAUCCGCAGCCACGAGGUGAAGCCCGAGGGCUACGAGGUGGCUCACGAUGGGAAGUGCGUCACGGUCUUCUCGGCCCCCAACUACUGUGACCAAAUGGGUAAUAAGGGGGCCUACAUCCAUUUGCAAGGCUUGGACCUGCGGCCAGAGUUCCACCAGUUCACAGCAGUGCCUCAUCCGAACAUUAAGCCAAUGGUUUAUGCCAAUUCGCUGCUGCAGCUGGGGAUGAUGUAAGCUGCCUUCCACCUCUGCUGACCGGCCCCCUCCCAGCCCGCCUGGAGGUCCACACGCUGGGCAGUGACCGUGAUUUCAUUUUCUUCAUUUUCUUUUCUCUCUUUUUUUUUUUACUAUUUCCCCCAACGUCAGCCUUCACUACGAAGCAGGAUUGUGUUGCGGGCAGGGGGAUGGGGCGAGGCAGCCGAAUCUGUGGCAGGGGUGGGGUUGCGGGGGGGGAGAGUCCCUUUCCUCAAAAGGCAGGUUCGGACCAGAGGUGGCUCUUUUCCCACACUCGCUAACGUUGCGUGCUCACCCCCGGGAGAAACGGCAGCCAGAGCGUUAGAAACAAAAUGAUUUUUAGAAAUAUAUAUUUUGGAAGACUGUAUUUAUUCCCUAAGCCCUCAUUUUUUUUUUGUACUCUUCACCCCCUUCCAUUCCCUGCCACUGGGCAUUCCAGAGGGAGAGCCGGUGGGGAAAGUGGGGGCUUGCUUGUUGGCCAGCACGGUGUCUCUCUGUCACCAAAAGUCUUCAAGGGGGCAGCUUUCCUCUGCCCUCUCCCCCUCCUUCCUCCGCUGAGCUGCGCUCGUGUCUGUUGGAGCCAAAGUUCAGCUAAUAUGUUCUGAGCCGCAGCGGCCAAAGGUCAGGGGCCACUCGGAAGAGGGACAUGUGGGUGAAAGGGCCAUCUCCCCCCCCCAACCACCAUUAAGCUUUUUUCAUCCAUGUCUGCCCUCCCUUGGCAGAGAGGAAGGAAGAACCCAACCCAGCCCUUGAUCAGCACUGACCAGCGGCUUUCCCUGCAUCCGCGGUGGUGAUGCGCACUUGGCCUUGCCUGAACCCCGAGUGUGUGUGCAGAUUGGUCCUGGGGUGGGUGGAGGAAACUAGGCAGCAGGUCAGAAGCCAAGGCAGGGGGUGUGUGGCCUGCCUCGGCUUCUGUCUCAGACCCAGCUUUGGAAAGUAAGUAGAUGAACAACGCUGAAUUCUUCCCCAAAUCUUCAGCUUACUUGCCAGAGGCCGGCUUCACGGCACCACAUGGUGAGGCUGUGAGCAAAGGCAGGGAUGCAGGAAGGGGGGCAGUGGAGGCUGGCCCUGGGGCUUCCUGCAGCCUGUCCUUCCAUCUCUGUAGCUGUCCUUUUGCUCUCCGGAGAGAUGCAGGUCAGGGGAACCCCACGUCGGCUCGCCAUGCUUCCCAAGUCCUGGUGGACUGUCCUGCAUCACUUCUUGGUGACGGUUUUGGGUAGAAUUCUCCCAGUCCAAGGUGUUUGGCAUCUUGAGGGUGGGGGGCCGGGCUUCUGCAGUUCCAGUUGUUUUCAGCUUUGAAAUCUCAUGGACCUUUGUUGCUUUAGAGAGAGAAACAGCCCCCCUUUAUCUCCCCCCCCGCCAGCCGCAGAGGCAAAGUCAUCUGCCUGCUGGGUGGACGAUGGUCCUCCUCCCUUCCUCUCUCUGAGUCCUCUUCCUCAGAAACCUGUGACGACAAAAAGGGGCUGUGGAGGGAGCACAGAACUGGGGAGGGGGACAGGUCGGUGGUGGUGUGCAUUGCACUCACGUUCCUUCUCCCUCCACGCGCCCAGGGACCUCCCGUGUCCACUCUUGCCCUGUGGAAGGGGCCUCCUUUUGGCUUUCCCAAACCGAAGCCAGGCUGCCUGUUUUAUUUUUUUACUUUUGUGGCUGAGAAGAAGAGAAGCAAGCAAAUGUACUACAAGCACUUUGGGUGUUCUUUUCCCCAUGCUGACUAUGGAGGGUUUUUAUAUACAUCCAGGAUUCCUUUGCCACUCGCCCUCCUACCUACUGAGCUAUUUUACUGUCUGUAAUUAAACAAAAGAUGUUAAAAUAAAAUAACUAUUGAAAGA